UUUUUUAUCCACUUUUCAGUUUCCACUAUUACGCUGUACCCCCUUCCCUCCUCUCUCUCUGAGCUUGCUCUCCUCCAUUAAAGCGUGCUCUGAGCUUGCUUUCCUCCAUUGAAGCUACCCUGAGUUCUUUAUUGAAGCUGAGCUUUAUUUCCUCCAUUGAAGCAGUUCCUGAGUGGAUUGCAUCAAGUUAUCGAAAGUCGAGAACAAGUUGAAGCUGAGUGUAUGGCAUCUUGGGCUACAGCAACCUUGCCUCUUAAAGAGCUUUCUUUGUUGCCUGUCGUUUCUUCUAGAACAACAGGAGGUACUUCAUGCUGCACGACAGGCUACCUUAAACCUUUAAAUCUUAGAAGAAAUGGAAUUGUCCGUCCUUAUGUGACUCUAAAGUACUCAAAUGGAAGAGCCAGCGUGGUUGGCUCAAGGCAGACUCCUGGCAAUUCAAAAGUUGAGGUAUGGGAAGAUCCUGAGGACGGAAGUGAGAGUGACUAUGAUGAUGAAGAGCAGGAAGCGGAGGAAAAUGAUUUGGAUUUUGAGAGUGACUGGGAAGAAGAUAAAGACUCUUCAGUUGAGACAAUUACUGGAAAAGAUGAAGAAAUGAAGUAUGAGGAUGAACUCGCAAAAGAGAUUGAGCAUCUCUUGGAACCAGAGGAGUGGCUAAUUUUGCAACAAAAUGCAGCUCCAAAUCUUGAGAAAAUAUCAACUGCAAAAUGGAGUCCUCUUCACAGCCUAGCAUUGUCAGGACAAAUUCAUUUUCUUGACCAGCUACUUGAAAAUGGUGUCAAGAUUGAUCUUCCAGACAAGGAUGGUCUGACUGCUCUACAUGUCAGCAUUAUUGGUAAGAAAGAAGCUGUUAUUAGUCAUCUCAUAAGAAAAGGUGCCAAUCCUCAUAUUAAGGAUAAGAAUGGUGUCACCACUCUUCACUAUGCAGUUCAAGUUGGUGCCAUACAGACUGUGAAAUUACUUAUGAAGUACAAUGUAGAUGUGAAUGCCUCCGAUGAUGAAGGGUGGACCCCCUUACAUGUUGCCAUGCAAAGUAGAAACAGAGACAUUGCAAAAAUCUUGUUAGUAAAUGGUGCAGAUAAAAUGAGGAAAAAUAAGGAUGGAAGGACACCUUUGGAUCUGAGCAUAGCUUAUGGAAAAGACUUCAAGGCGUAUGAUCUUACUAAGUUGUUGAAAAUGAUGACUGCUAACAGAGAUCUGUAGCUGGUGAACAUGAUUCCAUAAAGUGUAGUACAUGUCAAACAUCCUUCAGAUAUUCAAGGUUGUUGAACUACAGGAUUUUCAUGUUUCUAUUAUGCUGGCUUGCUGCUGAUAAGGCUGUGCUUUUGGUUUAGAAAUGUCUAAUGUGUUCAGAAUGUUUCUGGAAACUGAAACUGUACGUUGAGAAUGUCAAUCUUGUGCACCGAAUAGCCAGUUGUUAAAGCAGGCGACAUGAAGAUCAUCCUAGUGUACAGCAUCUAUCUUCUUUCAAGUGUGUACAAAGCCUGCAGCAGCAAUGGCCGCCCGUGCAAAGAAAGACUGAAUAAGAACAUUACUGAGGGCUGAGGCUCCCCAAGAUUGUAUCUUUAGCAUUGUAUGCAGAAACUCAGCUAAUGUUGCGAGGAUAUACAGAUACUGGGGGUAUUGUCAAUUAUGAAAAGUUAUUUUUGUUGUUUGGCAGAUGAGAUGAUUUUUUUUUCUUCUUAUUUUUUUUUAUUAUAUAGAAAUAAGCACAAUAUUAAAAAUCGCUUAUUCGCUUGAUAUGUAAUUGUUUUUUAAGGCAUGAACUUAGAGUUUUGGUUUGAUUGUAUUCAA